AUGAGCCAUUGGGCUCUAUGUUGCUGUUUUCAUUCUUGUUAUGCUGUGGGGAAAGAGAGUAGGGGAUUUGCAACUGCGACAUUUAUUGUGUUUGUGGAAGAGUUGCUCUUCAGGUCAUGGAUGCCUAACGAGAUUGCUAUAGAUAUGGGAUACCAUCAAAGCAUUAUCAUUACAGGGCUCGGUUAUGGCUUCUGUCCGUUGGCGCUGGCAGGGGCUCGUGAGAGAAGCCAAGGGAAUCUGAUAGUGCCAAUUGGGUUGCGAACAGGAAUGAUAGCAGCAAGCUUUGUACUACACACUGGUGGAUUCCUCACGUACAACCCGAGUUCACCGGUUUGGACUGCAGGGAAACGUCCGUUACAGCCUUUUAGCGGAGUGGUCGGUCUUGGGGUCGCUUUUGCGCUAGCACUCGUUCUUUAUCCAAGACCUUCUCCAGAAACCAAGAUACAGAAAUCUAAUUAA